CUCCAAAGCUUUGAGAUGCGCCACGCACGCUUUCGCGGGGGGGGACAAAUUGCCAUCCACGCACACAGAUAUCCACAACAUGCGCUAUGCCAUUCGUCUUCAGCCAUACUUCUGUAUCAAAAAGUGACGAUUGACUGUCAGUGACGGGGUCUCAAAAACACAAUCAUGACACGACAACCGUGCGUGCGAGGCGUGCAGGUGUGCGUUAUGAAUACAAUGGUCAUUCGUACGCGCUCAUCUACGUAUCGAAAAUGACAACAACAAACUCCUCGCCCCUCACACACACAUCCCUGGUUGGGUGGCUGGCGGGUCGGGGUGCGCACACACGAUGGAUGCAUUGCACUGACACUGAUGAAUCGGUCUAUCGGAUGGAUGGAUGGAUGGAUAGGUCAGGCCUUGAGUGCCUUCUCCAUCUCGAAGAAGGCGCGCUUCUUCUUCCACCCCCGUGCGAAGGGUGUGGGGUGGUCGGCGCCCUGGAACUGCGUGUUGAGCCAGCUGUAGGGGUCAUAGGUGCCCCAGAUCACAAACCUGGAAGGACACAGCCACCAAGAAUGAUUGUGGUGAGUGUGGUGGGUGGUGCGUGUGUGUUGCGUGGAUGUAUUACGCUGUGCAGUUGGGCUCCUCGAUGCACAUGCGCAAUAGCAUGCCGUAGAUCUGCCCCUGCAGAAGCGAAGGAAAGGAUGAAUGAGAUCAAAGGCAGGGAGCGGCAUCUGGGUGCUUGUGUGUUGAUUACCUGUAUGUAUUCCUUUUCGAAGUUCCACUGCUCCCCGCAGGGGACGUACCCCUGGCCGGACACCCACUGCCCGCACCCUACAUCCAUCUCAGUGAUGGACACCUCCUACACACACAGAGAGAGAAAGAGAGAGAGAGACGUUGGCAGAUCAACAACAAACCAAUGUGCUCUUCUCUCUGUGUGCCUUCCCCCCCCCAGCUCACCAGUCCCAGUGACCCCAAUCUGCGCAUCUGCUGCCGCACGCCGUCGUACAGCUCGAACGUGACGUCGAUGUGCGUCUGGAAGCCGACGCCGUCCACCACAGGCUUGCCCUUGUAUGAGCCGAGCGGGUGUUUCAUCAGCCACUUGGCCAGGGCGUAGACGGCGCCCGACUUGCCGCUGUCCGCCGAAAUGAUGUAGAAAUCGUUGUAGUAGUUGUUGAUGGACGUGCCCAUGUUGUCGGCGGCGAUCUUGGCGCGGCGGAAGACCUUGGGGAGCCAAUCGGGGAUGUCCUCCAUCCACGUGCCCUUGCGCUCGAUCCACGUCGUGCCGUCUGAUGACUGCCCAUCUUGCAAGGCUGAGAUCGAUGGCCAUCCACACACAUACAACACACGAUACACGACAUCCGACACACAUGGUCUGUGUCUCUGUCCCCUUCCCUGGCCUUCUUUUGUUCCCCUGCCCACCCUACCCUCAUUGGCGAUAUCGAAGUGGUACGAACCCUUGCGCCCGGCGUAUCUCUUGACGUACUUGUCAGUGAAGUCCAUCAGCCACGCCUCCUUCUCCGCGGGCGGCUUCCCGCGGACCGGGCCGGGAUGGUCGCGGUACCAGGCGAUGGCGUGCAGGCGGUGCAGCAUGCCGUGCUGCUCGGCGAAGUCCAUGAUCCAGUCGCAUGUGGUCCACUGGUACUGGAGGAUGGAGCCCGGCUUGCACUCGGACUUGGCCACGGUGACGCUGUAGUGGGUCUUGAUGGUGUUGAGGUAGUCGCUGUAGUCGCGCAGCCAAUACGAGAUGGCCGUGCCGAUCUUCAGCUGACGCUUCUCGGCCAACGCGCGGAGAGACCCUGAAUGCGGUCAGGAAAGGGAGAGAGACACAUGCAUUUUGUUUGUGUGUGUGUGUGUGUGUGUGUCUGCGUAGGGCGGCUGACUGACCAGCAGGGUUGACAGUUGAUGGGAUGAAGACGUCCUGUCUCUUGAGCACGGUCUUGCACUUGCCAUCAGGGCACCAUGGCGCAUACGUCAUCUGCCGACCUGCACAAGACAAGCAAGCAGCACAGCACACCGCAGAUUCCGUCCAUCCAUCCAUCCAUCCAUGUGUCUCCUUUCUAGCCUGCUCCACCCACUGACCUUCGAACUUGCAAGGGGGCUGUCCAGUCUGCUCGCAGACGUUGUUGCGCUUGCCGCCGUGGUGCUGCAUCUUGAAGACCUUCCAGUUGCAGCACUCGACGGGCUCCUGGUUGCCGCACUUGUUGCACUUCUCACCGCACUUGGCGGGGCAGCACACGGGGCCCUUGGUGUAGGCACUGAACAGACCGCCAUACUGCUUCUCGCACAUCCACUUCUGGCUGUUCUCAGGGGUCGCAGCUGCAGACGUACGUACGCAGAGGAAGAAAGAUGGAUCGACCAUGUCUCUCUCUCCCUCUCUCGCUGUGUUGAGGGUCACACUUACCAGGGAAUGCGCAGUCCUUGGGGCCGCUAAUCUCCUUCUUGUCAGGGUGUGCGCUGUUCUUCAUGGUGACCACUCGGGGGAAUAGGGUGCAUGGGAACUGCUUGGUGGGCUGCCCCGACCAGGUCCAGAAGUAGCAGUCGACCUCGUCCUGGCACGCACGGGCGCAGUCCAUCGGUGAGGCGAUGUGCUGGAUGUCCAUCUUGGUCGACGCCGUGUAGAUCUUGCCUGCCUGGCCACAACGAGCCACGUCAUUCUCUACACACAUACACACACCCAGACAGAGACAGAGAGAUUGACAGGUACAUGCCAUCUGCCGGUCCAUAUGUGGGGGCUCUGCUCACUUCCAGUGCACCAUGCGGGCGCGAAUACGAUGUUCUUAGAGGUGGGUUUCUUGUCGCCCCUGUGCUGCUUGAGGAUGCAGUUGUUGCCGCCCUUGGCCACGCUGUUGUCGUACUGGAACCAGGUGCACAGCUUCUCGCGCACACAGUUGUCGUGGCAGUCCUCCAGAGACCGAGCCUUGAUGGUUCGCAGGUUCUUGCCCGUCAAAGUGUGCUUCCUGCCCCACUCCAGACAACCUGACACACAGAGAGACAUCCACACACCACAACACACGCAUCAAGGAUGCCGUGUAUUCAGUUUGUGGUGUGAGCAGCCUGCCUGUGUCUCGGCAGGUAGCUGCGCCCGAGACGGACAUGCCGAACUGGUCAUACUCCUUGUGGCUCUUGUCGAUGAUAAGGGCGCCCUUGUCGGUCUUGUACAGCCAGCAGGCCGUGGUGCUCUUGGUGACCGCCUUGUUGAGGCGGUCCGCCUUGGGCCGUCUGUCGAACCAGAAGGUGAAUCCCUUGCAGCCGUUGGUGAAGAAGCACUUCUCCUGGCACUGCGACGCAGACGUGAAGACACCCGUAUACUUGUGCUGGUUGCCCAGGAUCUGGCCGUUGGGGAACUUGGUCGUUGGCACGUAGCAAUCUGCAGGCAGAGAAACAAACAAACACGGCUGACUGAAUGCUUCUGUGUCUGUCUGAUUGUUCCUCUUCCUACCUACCGUGCAGGCAGUAUUUGGGUCCUGAGAUGAGGUUAGUGCCGAUGUUCUUGCCGACGCCGGUGUAUGACUUGAGCAGCGUGCACCUCUUGGCCACGAAGUUGUACUUGAAGAACUUGCAGGGGAAGUUCUGGUGCCUCUUCUGACACUUGGCCUGGCAGUCGGAAGCGCUGUCCACCUUGUCGAUGGCCUUGACGCAGUCCUUGGGCGCGUUGGAGCCGGUGCAGAAGUAGUUGGUGAACAUCUCGGCACAGUUGGGCACCUCCUACAAAACGAGAAAAGGCCGAAUAGAUCUGUGUGUGGUGCCUUGCCUGUACUGUGUGCAGACCUGCAGUGCUAUCUCGGUGACGAGGCUGGUGCCGGUGUCGUCACGACUCUUCAGAAUGCCGCGUGCGAAGGCGCCCUGACACCCAUGCAGACAAGCACACAACGGAUGGAUCAAGAGGGGGCCGGUGCUGACAUCGCUCGCUUCACUUACGUCUGCACCGAUGAACUCCGUAUGGAAGCUGGGCCGCCAGCCGAGCUGGGGCUUGUUCUUGUUGACGUCACUCACAGAAGCCUACACGCCACAGCACGGCGUAGCCGACAGCAGUGGUUUGUAGACGGGUCAAAUGUAUGUGAAUGUGCGUGUGCGAAUGGGCGUACCAGGAAGACGGUCAUUUUUUCCUUUGCCAGCCAUUGUCUCUCCAUCUCUACCCAGUGCCCCUCGUUCCAUCUGUUGGGAUUCUCCGACUUGCGGUAGAGCCGCACCCGCUGCAGAUUAAUGGGACGUCUGUUGCCCGUGACCGUAAACUGCACACACACCACAGACACAGACACAGACACACACACAAAGAAAGAAAGAGUGAGCCACUCAUAAAUGUGAGCCCCCUUCUCAUACCGCAAUCCAGUAGAAGCUGGCAUCAAAGAUGAAUCGCGGCCGCAGGCCGACGGCUGACUUGGUGGUCGUGAUGGAGCCCUGUAUCGUGCCCUGCAGCUGCCGCAGGGGCUCCUCGCUGCUCAGCAUCCGGGACACCAUGGAACCGGUCUUCGGGGCGGCGCCAUUAUGGACGAAAGCAAAGACAUUCUCCUGUCCUUCUCGGGCGAUGAGCGUCCCCAUGAGGCCUGCAGGCAAAGAGAAGGUGCUCAAUUCGUUCAUCAGAAAUGCCCAUUAUAUGCCAUCUCUGUUGUCUUACCGUGUGUGGCGUGGAUGUGUUCGUGUUGAUUGAUUUCGUGUGCCACGUGCUGCGGCGUGACGUGUGCAUGUGUGAGGCCCAUUGUCUCCACGCCCAGCCAGGCACGGUGGAUGGCAUGCGCCAGCAGCACCGUGCUCAUGUACGCCGACACGCCCACCGAUCCGCACUCAUCACCAGAGGCGGCAUCGCCCUGCUGCCCCCAAAGAGCCCGGCCGUCUGUGUUCGCCUUGGCUCGGCGGGCACUGAUGGCUGCCGCAAUGGCCUCAUGGGCAGGGCCCUCAUUCUGUGGCUCAGUCAGGACGAUGCGGGGCAGCUGGCGAGUCGCAUUGAUGGUGCCGAUCUGAUCAGCGGCCGGGCUGAUGACGGCCAGGGGCGUUGCAAUGGGGUCGUUAUCGCCGUCCGCCGUGGCACUGCCGCCGUUGAUGACCGAAUAAGUGAGGUGGAAGGGCCGAAAAAGGGCCACCAGCGGCACCAGGCUGCUGUCACGAGUGGGCCAGCUGACAUGCUCAAUGGCCGUCAACACGCCGUAUUCACCACAGAUGUCCGUCGAAGACGAUGCAUCGCCGCCCAAUGAUGUUGAAUGCACGACGCUCACACGGAAUGACGCUACGCCCUCAAGCCCAUCCGCAGAAGACCAUCCACCCGUUGCUCGGACCAACGAGACGACAAGGGCGAAGAUCAUGACGCGAGAGGGAAAGUUCAUGGUUGGAUGGGAUCAAUCAGAGAAGGGGAUGGCUCCGCGGGCCACGGGGAGGCUCGGAAGUCACCUUUACCAGCCCGGCUUUGGCUGGACACGUUGGUGUCUGUGUUGUUCAGGAUUCAGGACCGAAACUAGACAAUUGACCCCCGGAUACCCUGCUGUCGGAGAAGGGGGGAUAGACUAUGUAUGGGACAGCGCUGCCGGCUUGGAUCUCCC